UGUCCCUGAGGCUGCGUCCCGCCCCCCACGCCGCGCGCAGGCGUGGACGAGCCGCACGCAUUCUACGUAACGGACGGCGGAGGCUAGGUGAAGGGGGCGCGGCGUGACUGAGCUACCGGGUCAGGCUCUGUCUUAGAGGCUUCUGGGCAGUGAAGCCGCAGCGACCACAGAGGCGGCGACUAGACUGAGAGGCAGGCAGGGUAUAGGUGGCGGACGCAGGAGCGUUGGGCCGAGUUUUAGCCUCGGCUACAGCUCAGGCUUGUAUCCUAAACUCCUGACUUAUAUUUCCAGGUGCAAUGAAAGCCUUCCAUACUUUCUGUGUUGUCCUUUUGGUAUUUGGGAGCCUGUCUGAAGCCAAGUUUGAUGAUUUCGAGGAUGAGGAAGAUAUAGUAGAGUAUGAUGAUAAUGACUUUGCUGAAUUUGAGGAUGUCAUGGAAGAUUCUGUUACUGAAUCUCCUCAACGGGUGAUAACCACUGAAGAUGAUGAAGAUGAGACCACUGUGGAGUUGGAAGGACAGGAUGAAAACCAAGAAGGAGAUUUUGAAGAUGCAGAUACCCAAGAGGGAGAUACCGAGAGUGAGCCAUAUGAUGAUGAAGAAUUUGAAGGUUAUGAAGACAAACCAGAUACCACUUCUAGCAAAAAUAAAGACCCGAUAACAAUUGUUGAUGUUCCUGCACACCUCCAGAACAGUUGGGAGAGUUAUUAUCUAGAAAUUUUGAUGGUGACUGGUCUGCUUGCCUAUAUCAUGAAUUACAUCAUUGGGAAGAAUAAAAAUAGUCGCCUUGCUCAGGCCUGGUUUAAUACUCACAGAGAGCUCUUGGAGAGCAACUUUACCUUAGUGGGAGAUGAUGGAACUAACAAAGAAGCCACAAGCACAGGAAAGUUGAACCAGGAGAAUGAGCACAUCUAUAACCUGUGGUGUUCUGGUCGAGUGUGCUGUGAGGGCAUGCUUAUCCAGCUGAGAUUCCUCAAGAGACAAGACUUACUGAAUGUCCUGGCCCGGAUGAUGAGGCCAGUGAGUGAUCAAGUGCAAAUAAAAGUAACCAUGAAUGAUGAAGACAUGGAUACCUAUGUGUUUGCUGUUGGCACACGGAAAGCCUUGGUGCGACUGCAGAAAGAAAUGCAGGAUCUGAGUGAGUUUUGUAGUGAUAAACCUAAGUCUGGAGCAAAGUAUGGACUGCCAGACUCCUUGGCUAUCCUAUCAGAGAUGGGAGAAGUCACGGAGGGAAUGAUGGAUACAAAGAUGGUUCACUUUCUUACACACUAUGCUGACAAGAUUGAAUCCGUUCAUUUUUCGGAUCAGUUCUCUGGUCCAAAAAUUAUGCAAGAGGAAGGUCAGCCUUUGAAGCUACCUGACACUAAGAGGACACUAUUGUUUACAUUUAAUGUACCUGGUUCAGGUAACACUUACCCAAAGGAUAUGGAGGCUUUGCUACCCCUGAUGAACAUGGUGAUUUACUCUAUUGAUAAAGCCAAAAAGUUCCGACUCAACAGAGAAGGCAAACAAAAAGCAGAUAAGAACCGUGCUCGAGUAGAAGAGAACUUCUUGAAGCUGACACAUGUGCAAAGACAGGAAGCUGCACAGUCUCGACGUGAAGAGAAGAAAAGAGCAGAGAAGGAGCGAAUCAUGAAUGAAGAAGAUCCUGAGAAACAGCGUAGGCUGGAGGUAUGACAAACUUUUUCUUUUCUUUUUUUUUUCUUU